AUGGAUGAAGGAAAAGCUUUCGUCAUUUCAUCUGGUGCCUUAGGACAAAGCCUCGUACAGGACAUUCACAGCAUGCCAAAAGUGGAUGUCAUUUAUAUUUUUUGCGGCAACAAAGCACGCCAUGAACCAUGGGCGAAAGAUUGGCCAAAGAUUCGAGGUGUUUUCACCUCAAUCAAACCAAUAUGUGAAUCUCUGAAAAAGGUCGCCCGUGAAUGCGACCAUGAUUCGAUUCCGAUGAGCUUCGUUCCGAAGCGAUGCACGUCAGAUAUAGCAUUAAACGAACAAAAUCUUAACCAAUUACCGCCAGCCUAUAUGUACUCGGUAAUUUUCAAGGACAUCGUAUUAGAAAUCGAUGAUGAUGAUGCCAACUCUCUGAAAACUUUAGAAAUUUAUUGCAAAAAACAAAAUAUUCCUGAAACAGAAAUGCAUGAACUAAAGCGUAGAUACCAUCAGAAAUCACCGGUCUGGUGGGAUACAUGUGAAAUGUUUCUCUAUGGCAUGCUUAAUCGUGGGUUACGAUUGCUUGAUAUGGAAUCGAUGUCUAAGUUAGGCUUUUUUAUUCGAAGUUUACAUCUUCAACUGAAACAAUUGCAUCAGGAACAAUCGGCGAAUUUUAAGAAAUCAUUUACCGUUUAUCGUGGUCAGGGAAUGAGCAAAGAAGAUUUUCAGAAUCUACUAGAUUCAAAAGGUGGUCUACUAUCGUUCAAUAAUUUCCUAUCAACAAGUAUGGAACCAAAAGUGGGCAUGGAAUUUGUUGAACGUGCUCUUCAAAAAAAUCACGACAUUGUUGGUGUUAAUUUUAUUAUGACUAUUGAUCAAAGUAAAAUAUCAACUUCGAAUACCCCAUUUGCUAUGAUUGAUGAACACAGUGCUAUUCCAUCAGAACAAGAAAUACUAUUUACAAUGCAUACUGUUUUCGCGUCGUUGAAAUUAAACAGACGCCUAAGAACAAUCGUCUUUGGGAAGUACACUUGA